CGGACAUUUUAUAAAUGCGUUCGAGGCUACUUGUGGGAGGCGAGACUCUCUCAGUCACAUUGAUUUACACAGCUCUCGAUCACCAUGCUGCUCUUUGUGCUGACUGCGCUCGUGAGCAUCACUGCUUCAGCGAAUGCUCAGAACAACACCUCGAACACUUACACAAACCCAAUCGUGCAUCCUGGAGGUCAAGAUGGGGGUGCCGAUCCAUGGGUGAUCCGGCAUGAGGGUCUCUAUUACAUGACAUCCACUACUGUCGACAACAUCACCAUCCUGAGAAGCCCAAUACUCACCGAUUGGUCUGAGGCAGAGGUCAAGCUCGCCUUCGACCCUGCGCCUGGUCAGAACUAUAGCACAAAUCUAUGGGCUCCCGAACUGCACAACAUCAAUGACAAGUGGUAUAUCAUCUUCACGGCUGACCCAAAUAACGACUCGCCUCCACCUGAGAUAGAAGCCCUGUGCAAUUGGAACUGCCCUGCUGUAAACCAUCGCAUGUACGUGUUGGAAUCGAGCGGCUCUGAUCCAUGGACUUCAAAUUACACCUUGAAGGGUGAGCUGGAUACUUACGAUCAAUUUGCCAUCGAUGGAACAUACUUCCAGCACUCGUCUGGGCUCUAUCACAUAUAUUCUUGCUGGUUUGACAAGUACCAAUCUUGGCCAGCCAAUCUGUGCAUUUCGAAGAUGUCCGACCCAUGGACUGUCGUGACUAACGUUACGGAGCGACAAACAAUCUCAGUGCCUAGUAAUCCUUGGGAGAAAACACCAUAUGGAAGAAUGGAGAACAUCCGACUAUCUUCAAACGAAGGCCCAGAACAACUCACCAACCCUGAGACUGGUCAACAAUUCGUAAUCUACUCUGCCGCAAGAAGUGACACUAGAAAUUACUGCCUUGGUCAGCUCGAGCUCAUCGGUGACGAUCCAAUGAAUCCUCAAGACUGGCGCAAGAACAACGACGGUUGCGUCUUCUACCAGAAUCCGAAAGAGAAGGCCUAUGGCGUUGGACACGCGAGUUUCACCAAGAGCCCAGAUGGGACGGAAGACUGGAUCGUGUACCACGGGAUGGAGAAUCCCUUUUCUGGGUGGUCUGCAAGGACGAUCCGAGCCCAGAAGUUCGGCUGGAACGAAGACGGCAGUCCGAAAUUCCCAAGACCAGGAUAUGGACCGUAUGAAGUUCCAAGUGGGCAGAACGUGAGCAUGAAGAUGUUUUGA